GCUGGACCGCGCGUUCCAGGCUGUUGCGUCGUCGCGUGACGGUGUGCUGCCUGACGACGAGAUCGACCACCUGGUGGCCGCACUCGAUGAGCCGUCACUGGAGGAGCCACUCAGGGAGCUCAGGAGGCAGAGGCUCAGGAAGGCCGCGCGCACUGCGGGGGAUGGCGGGGCGGACUACACCCCGCUACCACGGGAUGAGAGCGCUUUGGGCGAGGAAAGCCAGGCGCAGCAGGAGCACGGAGGCAAUACAGAGCAGAGGGCAGGGUCAGGUGCGCGUGAGAGAGAGGGGUGGAAGCAGCAGCAGCAGCAGCAGCAGCAGCAGCCCAGUGGAGUUGGCACCGGUUUUGGGGAUGGUGCGAGCAGCAGGAGCAGCGGCAGUGGUGGUGGCUGCAGCGUCGGUCCGUCAGCUGCAGUGGAGCCGAGUAGGAUGCAGCACCCUCCAGCUCCUGCGGUAUAG